AGAAUACCAAGAAGCCCUUGCAAAAACUGAGAUCCAAAAAAGGGCAACACGUACAAAUACAAUCUCUCACUCCCCUCCCCUCCCCCCUCUCUCUCUCUAAACAGAUGGCGUCCGCGAAACCCUUCGCCACCGCCGCCGGCACUCUCCGCAGCCGGCUAAGCACAAGCCUCCGUCUUAGAGGCGGCGGCGCCGGUCCAAGCCGAUGGACAAGCCCGGGUCACCAAGAACACCCCAACGGUUAUUUCCUGAACCGGACUCCCUUACCUCCAGGUCAAUCCAGAAAGUGGGAAGACUGGGAGUUACCUUGCUACGUCACCAGCUUCCUCACCAUCGUCAUCCUCGGCGUUGGGCUCAACGCCAAGCCCGAUCUCACUAUCGAAACUUGGGCCCACCAGAAAGCCCUAGAGCGUCUCGAGGCUCAGCAGAUGGCUCCCCUUUCCGAUGAAUCGGACUGAGAUUGUGGGUAUGGCUUGAAAUUUGGCCGUUGUAGCCCUAAUUUUGAUGGAGUCAAUUAGGGUUUUGGAGAUAAUAUUCAUGAAUGUUAUGUUUAUAUGAUUUUGUUGUUUUAGCCUGUGCUUUACUUUACUUCCUUUCAAUAAUGAGCUGACUAGUCAAAACUUGGCCUAAGCUUGCUUACUGCAUUCUGGCCGUUAAUUUGGAUGCUUUUUCGAUAACUUUACCAGUAUUUUUAUGUAUUGUUCUUUUGCUAUUAA